UGUCUAUAUAAACCCCCCAGUCCCUCAGGUUCCCUCAUCGAUCACCAAUCAAAGUCUGUUGGGCUUUAUUUCGGUUAAGUUGUAUAGGUGAGAGAAGAAAAUGUCGCACAUAGAUGCUGCAUUUCAUUCAUCUUGUGAAAAUGAAGUUUAUCUAUUCAUGAAGAACGAGUAUGUGCUAGUGAACUAUGCUCCAGGCACGACAAACGACAAGGUGUUGUAUGGACCACUUCUUAUUGGCGCUGGGUAUCCAUCCCUCAAGGGCACAGCCUUUGCAGAUCCUGGAAUAGACUGUGCUUUUGGAUCUCAUCAUAAGGAUCAAGCAUUCAUCUUCUCUGGGAAUCUCUGUGCACAGAUUAACUACGCACCACACUCCUCAAAUGACAAGAUAAUCAAAGGACCGAUGACCAUCACUGAAAUGUUCCCCUUCUUCAAAGGGACGGUGUUUGAAAGCGGCGUAGAUGCAGCGUUUGAGUCAACGAAAAAAUAUGAAGCAUACCUCUUCAAAGGCAACCAGUAUGCUCUUAUAAACUACGACUAUGAUUCCCACCUUAUCUCCAUCCGUCUCAUCAAGCAAGGCUUUCCUAGUUUGGCAAACACCAUCUUUGAAAGUGGAUUUGAUGCAGCCUUUGCUUCGCAUAAGACUGAUGAGGCAUACCUAUUCAAAGGACCUUACUACGCACGCAUCAACUUUGCUCCCGGCACCACAGAUGACUACAUCAUUGGUGGCAUCAAGAAGAUCCUUGCCUAUUGGCCCUCUUUACACAACAUCUUGCCUGUCUAAAAUAGUGGGUGAACUUUAAAAAGUCAGUCUGAUGUGCCAAAGUGUGUAUGGAAAUAAGAGUUCAACUCGUGUUGGUAGUUUCUAGUUUAUCUUUAGUUGGAAUAAUUAAGUAUGUAUGUAAUGAGGAUUGGGGUUAUCUUAUCUCCUCACCCUUCAACCCCUUAUAAAUAAAAUUGAUAAGAAAGUUUGUUACUUUCAAA